AUGCGCUUCCUAACUACCCUAUCAUGGGUUGCACAAGGCGUACUUGCCUCUACAGCUACCUUGCAACAAUGGAAUGUCAUAUCCUCUGCCAACGUCGUUGAUGACCCCAUCAGGCUCUCUCAACCCGGCAUCGACACUUCAUCAUGGUAUUCUAUCGGACCCGCAGCCACUCUCAUGGAUACACUCAUCAGUAAUCAUGUUUACAACGAUGCCGACUUGUUUUACUCGACCAAUAUGGAAAAGGUUGACACUGCGCAAUUCCGAAUCCCUUGGUACUACCGAACUGACAAGGUCGUGAUCGCCGAGAAAACUCCCUCAGACUACUACACUUUGAUCACAAACGGUAUCACCUCAAGAGCAGACAUUUGGGUCAACGGGCAACUCAUUGCAAACAAAGAGAUUCAGGCGGGAUCGUAUGCUGGGAUAGAGUAUGACAUAUCCAACCUCAUCCGACCCAAUGGUGCGCAAAACGUGGUCCUAGUGAAGGUGUAUCCGACAGACUACAAUCGAGACUUCGCCAUUUCCUUCUUAGACUGGAACCCUCCUCCCCAAGACAACGGAACCGGCAUAUGGCGACCAUUUCAACUGAAAAGGUCAGGCCAAGUGAGACUAACUACCCCGAGAGUCACUACGCACGCCGUGCUAGAUGGAGGUAUCGAUAUCUUUGUGGACGUCAAGAACAUGGCAAAAGACAGCGAAGUUGAGGGUGACGUUGCGUGUACAGUCUUCAGCCCUAGUAAAGUCGCAAUAUUGAGCGCUACAUCACACUUCAAGCUCAUUGGCAGUCAGCAAUCGACCGUCUCGUUCAGGGGAAAAGUAGACAACCCUCAGAUUUGGUGGCCUUACCAGUGGGGCAGUCAGCCAUUAUACAGCAUUCAAUGUACCGCUUCGACCUCUGCCAAUCCUGUUUCCGACUCUACACCGCCAACCAGCUUCGGUAUCCGCACAGUCACUUCUUCUUUGAACCCACGCUUCAAUGAUACCACGUUCUUCGUCAAUGGCCAUCGAUUCCAAGCCCAGGGUGCGGGUUACACGUCUGAUAUCUUCCUCCGAUUUGACCUAGAACAAACGAGGAGACAAUUCCAAUUGGUCAAAGACAUGGGUCUGAACACUAUCCGCUCGGAAGGAAAGCAGGAACAUCCGGAAUUCUAUGAUCUAGCCGACCAAAUGGGCAUCAUGAUUCUUGCCGGAUGGGAAUGCUGCAACAAAUGGGAGGGGUGGACCUACAACGACAUUGGCAGUGGAGAGAAAUUCACGGAUUCUGACUACCCAAUUAUAGCGCGAUCGAUGAAGCAUGAGGCUGAGAUGAUGCGACAUCAUCCCAGCAUGUUGGGCUUCCUGAUUGGAAGUGACUUUUGGCCGAAUGACAGAGCGACACAGAUCUACCUCGAUGCUCUCAGCGCCGUAAACUGGGAUACUCCCAUCCUAGCAUCUGCAAUUCAAUGGGGAGCACCAGCACAACUCAAUAAUAGUGGUAUGAAGAUGCAAGGUCCAUAUGACUGGGAGCCUCCCAACUAUUGGUACGAUCCUCAACGUCGAUACGGCAGUGCAGCAGGAUUUGGCUCUGAAUUGAGCGCAGGAGCAGGCACGCCUGAGCUUAAUUCUCUAGUGAGAUUCCUCUCCCCAUCUGACCUGGAAGAUCUCUGGAGAGAACCAAAGAAAGGCCUCUACCACAUGGCGACAGAGGGCUCAGUCUUCCACAAUCGCGAGAUCUACAACACUGGUCUCUGGGCACGCUACGGUGCCCCAUCAAGCCUAUUCGACUACGUUCUCAAAGCGCAAAUGAUGGACUACGAAGCAACCCGCGCUCAAUUCGAGUCUCUGAUCAGUACCUGGAACGAAGCCCUCGAGAGACCCGCAACAGGCAUGAUAUACUGGAUGCUCAAUAACGCCUGGCCCUCUCUCCACUGGAACCUCUUCGACUACUAUCUCCGCCCAGCAGGCGCCUACUUUGGCACCAAAGACGCCCUCGGCACCCCCGAAACCCUCACUCUCAACUACGAAACCAGCGCCGUAUCCCUCGUCAACCGCCUCCUAGUCUCCAACACCCCCGGAUAUACCUCUGACCAACGCAUCAUAAGCAUGCAAAUUGUAUCCCUAAACGGCACGACUAUAGCCAGUCAGACUACCACCGCAAUCACGAGACCGAAUGCCGCAAGCGAAGCAGCAAGACUUCCCGCUUGGCAAGAUAAAACGACCGAUCCCAUUAUUCUAGUCCGUCUGCAACUCAACAAUGGAAAUAGCACUCUGGUCAAGAAAACCUACUGGCUCUCACGUACCCCUGACACCCUAGACUGGGGCAGGUCGGAUUGGUACUACACAUCCAUAGCUAAAUACGAGGAUUACUCCGCCUUGUCGCGUAUACCCGCCGCCAACGUCGCGGUUUUCAGCGCUCCUUCUCCCACUGGGACAAAUCUAUUGGCGCGGUUGGUGUUGAAGAAUAACAGUCCAGUUCCAGCGGUGUUCGUACGCUUGAAUAUCGUUGAUGAGGUGGGCAGGGAUGUCGGAUCGCUGCUGUGGAGUAAGAAUUACAUUACGCUUUUGCCGGGUGAAGAGGAGAUUGUGGAGGUUACAGGGGGAGAGGGAGUGGGGUCGAGGGUGUUGGUUGUUGAUGGGAGGAAUGUUGGGGAGAUGAGGUCGUUGGUGAGGGCGUGA